AAUCUGGUUCAUGAGGGUGCCAUCCCUGGGCUGAUUGACCAAUGGCCAGAUAAGCGGUGUGGUGUGAGGGUUGAAAGCCUCACAGUUCAAUGUCAAUAUGGCGUUGGGGUUGCACCAGCUCAACGUCAAGGAAAACAAGAUGUUGUUCCUGUGGAUCACAGGUGCUGCAUAGGUGUCAGGAAGGGCUUAAAACUUCAUUGAACCCCCCGGUAAAGGGUGUGUUUUGUGUGUCUCUUCUCAGACCGAAUGGAGAAGGAUAAGAUGCCCACUCCAAGGUUCUCCCACUUUUACGGCUACUUAACGGCUUGGACGUCCUCGCCUCGGCCCUAAUGUCUGUGACUGACGUCCUUGAGGCCAAGGCUGACCUACGCAGCCCCCCUGCCGAUGGCUAUGUCAUAGCGGUGGGUGGAUACCCCUGCUCCGAAUAACCCUAUGUUACUGGGGCUUAGUUAAGACUUUUGCCCUUUGUCUCUCUCUGUAUCCAGGUGUCCGACCACAAAACAAACCGUGAGCGGCACAGGUCUACCUCAGGCACAAUUAGUUCUUCUGGAGAGGUGGCUGAAUUAAUGGACUUCAAGAAAUGGGGGUUGCAGCAGUUGAGCCUUGAGAGGCGGCUGGUUUGAAGAAGCCACGUGAUUGAUCAAACUUCCUCAAAGUCAGGCCUCGGCGCUCUGCUCUUUUGAUCGAUGACACACAGACAUGGCGAGUACAAGAAUCUCUAACCUCCAAAAUGCAGUGAAGCCGCCGUCUCUGAUUCUGCCUCCAUCGCAGGAAGCUGUGCACAUGCGCAUGAAGAGCCCCCAGAGCUCUGCAGACCGCCUCAGUCAGUCCAAGUCCAUGGUGCUGCAGGAGUCCGACCUUCCUAAAAACCCCAUCUCUCGGCAUCGCAGGAAUCAAUCUCAGCACAACGUCUUGGCUGCAGAAGGACUUUCUGCUUUUGAACCAUGUGUGGAGCUGAAAGGUGAACAUCUGAAUGUGGCUAAAAUCUCACAGAGUGGUAAGAAGCAAAGGAAGAACUGGACCGCCAUGUGGAGCGUACUGACCUCCGGCCAGCUGCGUUUUUAUAAAGAGAAACAAGAAACUCUGAAACCAGGGAGUAAGACAGAUGUGGUGCAGCUGUGUGGAGCUGUUAUUGAGUGGACGACGGAGAAGUCAAGCAGGAAAAACGUCUUCCAGGUCAUAACCAACACUGGAAGUGAGUACCUCCUUCAGACUGACAGUCACUCCACCGCCAAUAAAUGGUACGACGGCAUCAGAAAGGCCAUCGACAACUCCACUAAACUUCCUCUGAGGAGAUCCAACAGCACCGAGUACCUGCCCAGACACAGCUCAUUACCUGCGUAUGCCUCCGCCUCGCCCAACACCAAGCCACGGAACACAGUCCACAGACGCUCCAUCAAUAUGUUCAGCAGCUCCAAGCUGAAACACAGCGCCUCCGACAGCGCUGACAAGAACGGAGUGAAAAACCGACUGAAGAAGUUCAUCAACAGACGUCCGUCCAUGAAGACUCUGAAGGAAAAGGGCCUCAUCAAAGAUCGAGUGUUCGGCUGCCAUCUGCUGACCCUCUGUGAGCGAGAAGGAACCACGGUGCCGAAGUUUGUUCAGAUCUGCGUGGAUGCUGUUGAAAAGAAAGGUCUGGAAGCCGACGGGAUCUACAGAGUUAGUGGAAAUCUGGCCACCAUCCAGAAGCUCCGCUUCAUCGUGGAUCAGGAGGAGGCCCUCGACCUGGACCACAGUCAGUGGGAGGACAUCCACGUCGUCACUGGGGCCCUCAAACUGUUUUUCCGGGAGCUGCCCGAGCCGCUGUUCCCCUUCAGGUUCUUCACGCCAUUUGUGGAGACUGUCAAGAUUAAAGAAUCCAAACUCAAAAUUCAGGCUGUGAAGAAACUGAUCCAGGAACUGCCCAAACCAAAUCGAGACACGAUGAAGUUGCUCUUCAGCCACCUGCACAGAGUCCUGGAAUUUUCCAAGAAGAACCUGAUGUCCACUCAGGGCAUCGGCAUCGUGUUCGGCCCCACGCUGAUGUGGCCUGAGCUGGACACGGGGAACAUGGCGGUCAAUUUGGUCUACCAGAACCAGAUUGUGGAAUACAUCCUCAUCGAGAGCCAAGAAAUCUUCAACCUGGACGAGAAGUAAAGUGUCCUGAGCUGGACCUGAUCAUCUAGUUGACUCGCAUUUUGACACGGCCAUAAACAGUAAACUGAUGGUUUGUAACGAUGUCAAUGUAUAAAAAGCAUAUUUUACUUACAUAAAGACAUAAUGAUGUUGACAAACGAUUUUUGGUUUGGAAAUUGACACAAAUAUUUUGAUUGAUGAAUUUUAAAUUGUAGAAUGUCCAUAGGAAUAGAGCAAAGCAGUAUAUUUAUAAUGUAGAGCACUAAGUAAUAACUUGAAUAUAGCAAACAAAGCUAUAUUUAUGGAGAAACAAUGUAUUUACAACAUACAGCAAUAAAUUGUAGAGUUAUGAGGUUACAAUCAAUAAAUACCUGAGCAACAGUAGUCUUCGGCCAGCAGAUCUCCUCUCCUUCCAAAUCUUGGUGUUGUGGCUUUAUUUUCUGUUUCACAGUGAAACACGCAGCAUGUUCUAAUGCAUCGUCUCCCUGACCCGCUGACUUCAGAGAUUCCUCUUAUCCAUGCGUUCUUUUGGAGCAAUAAAUACCCUUUGAUGUGUAAUUGUGUGAUUCCAAAUUGUGUCACAGAUUUAAAACCGGACUGUGAAAAGUACAAGGACAU